CUCUCUGAUCAGUACGGCCGCGCGCAGACGCGUGAAGGGAAGGGACAUCCCCCCCACUUCAAAAACCUUUUCGCGACUCCAGGAUUAGAAGCUGCAAGUCUAUCGAGUUUGUGUCUUUUGCGCGGGGAGAGCUGUGAUUUUUUUUCUUUUUUUAAAUUAGAUUUUUCCACAUUAAAUUUGAUUUCUUUUGCGUGUUUUUUUUUUUUUUUUUUAAUAUAAAUUUCCCGUGGACUGACAGAGGAGUUGUUCUCGUGGACAUGGGGAGAAGUGGACUAGUAGGACGCGGGCGGGGCAUGUGCGCUACGCCGGGCGCCCUCCUCUUCCUCCUGGGGUUCGUCCACGCAGGAUUCGGCCAAGUGCGAGACGACGACGACUUCCUGAGCCUGAGCGAGCUGCCCGAGACGUUCCCGUCUGACCCGCCCGAGCCGUUACCGCACUUCCUGUUCGAACCUGACGAGGGCUACAUCGUCAAGAACAAGCCCGUCAACCUCUACUGCAAGGCCACCCCCGCCACGCAGAUCUACUUCAAGUGCAACAGCGAGUGGGUCCACCAGAAGGACCACACAGUGGAAGAACGUGUGGACGAGAACUCAGGUCUGGUGGUAAGGGAAGCCAGCAUAGAAAUUACCCGGCAGCAGGUUGAAGAGCUGUUCGGCCCGGAAGAUUACUGGUGUCAGUGCGUCGCGUGGAGCUCUGCCGGAACCACCAAAAGUCGCAAGGCCCAUGUACGCAUCGCAUACCUCAAAAAGUCCUUCGAACAGGAGCCUCUUGGCAAGGAGGUGUCCCUCGAGCAGGAGGUGCUUUUGCAGUGUCGCCCACCAGAGGGCAUACCAGCGGCAGAGGUGGAGUGGCUGAAAAAUGAAGAGAUCAUCGACCCAGCGGAGGACAGAAACUUCUACAUCACCAUCGACCACAACCUGAUCAUCAAGCAAGCACGACUGUCGGACACGGCCAACUACACGUGCGUGGCCAAAAACAUCGUGGCCAAGAGACGCAGCACGACGGCCACUGUCAUUGUUUACGUCAAUGGCGGCUGGUCGACGUGGACUGAGUGGUCGGUGUGCAACAGCCGCUGUGGGCGAGGCUUCCAGAAACGAACUCGCAGCUGUACCAACCCCGCCCCCUUAAAUGGCGGACUGCCUUGUGAUGGACAGCCCAUCCAGAAACUCCCUUGUACCUCCUUGUGCACCGUGGACGGUGAGUGGACCGAAUGGAGUAAGUGGUCAGCCUGUGGGACGGAGUGUACCCAAUGGAGGAGGCGCGAGUGCAACAACCCGGCACCUAAAAACGGCGGGAAGGACUGCGAGGGUCUGGUGCUUCACUCUCAGAACUGCACCGACGGACUCUGUAUGCAAAGUUCAUUGUUUGAGACGUCCAAAGAAAAGAGUGAUGUGGGAUUCACAUCGGCUCCGAGCACCGACGACGUGGCUCUGUACGUGGGCGUGGUCAUCGCCGUCAUCAUGUGCCUGGUCAUCUCGGUCAUCGUGGCGCUAUUCGUGUACCGCAAAACACACCGCGACUUCGACUCGGACAUCAUCGACACGUCGGCGCUCAACGGAGGCUUUCAGUCGGUCAACAUCAAGACGACCAGAUCAGCUGAUCUGUUUUCAGCCCCUCCCGAUUUGACAAAUGCCGCCACCAUGUACGGCGGUCCCGCUUAUGUCCUCCGCCACGUGUCCAAUAAAAUCCCAAUGACCAACUCUCUACUCUUAGAGCCCCUCCCCAACCUGAAGAUCAAGGUGUACAACUCCUCUGGCCUCGUCACGCCACAAGACGACCUCGGAGGAGACUUCACGUCCAAACUCUCCCCAAAGUUAACCCAGUCUCUGCUGGAGAACAGCGACACAAUGAACCUUCGUAACCAGAGCUUGGCCCGCACUCGAGACCCUUCAUGCACCGCUCACGGAUCCUUCAACAACCAGGGAGGACACCUCAUUGUGCCCAACUCUGGAGUGAGUCUGCUGGUUCCGGCGGGCGCGGUCCCCCAGGGCCGGGUCUACGAGAUGUAUGUGACGGUGCACAGGAAGGACAGCUCCGGACCCCCAUUGGAGGACGUGCAGACUGUGCUGAGUCCGGUGGUGAGCUGCGGGCCUCUGGGAGCUCUGCUGACCAGACCGGUCAUCCUUACCAUCCACCAUUGUGCUGACAAUGUCCAUGAGGACUGGCUCAUACAGCUAAAAAACCAACUGGCCAUGGGCGAGUGGGAGGAUGUAGUGGUGGUGGGCGAGGAGAACUUCAUCACCCCCUGCUACGUGCAGAUGGACUCGGAGGCCUGUCACAUCCUCACGGAGACUCUGGGCACGUACUGUCUGGUGGGCCAGUCGGUGGGCAAGGCGGCCGCAAAGAGGCUGAAGCUGGCUGUCUUUGGCCCUGUUUCCUGCACCACGCUGGACUACCACAUCAGGGUGUACUGUCUGGAUGACACGCAGGAUGCACUCAAGGAGGUUCUUCAGAUGGAGACGCAAAUGGGAGGCAAGCUCCUGGACGAGCCCAAGACCCUCAACUUUAAGGACAGCACACACAACCUGAGACUAUCCGUCCACGACGUGCCGCACCCGCACUGGAGGAGCAAACUCAUUGCCAAGUAUCAGGAGAUCCCCUUCUACCAGGUGUGGAACGGAAACCAGAGGAGCCUCCACUGCACCUUCACGCUAGAGAGGAUGAGCCCGGCCGUGACCGAGGUCGGCUGCAAGCUGUGCGUCAGGCAGGUGGAGGGCGAGGGCCAGAUAUUUCAGCUCAGCAACACCCUGGAGGAGGAGCUCCAGUGCAUAGACACGUCCCUGAUGGACCCGGCCAGCAACAUCACCACCUUAGUGGGGCCCAACGCCUUCCGCAUCCCCUUGUCCAUCAGACACAAACUGUGCGGCAGUCUGGACGCGCCGCAGACACGAGGCAACGACUGGAGAAUGCUGGCCCGCAAGCUCAACUUGGACAGGUACCUGAACUACUUCGCCACCAAGUCCAGUCCAACGGGCGUCAUCUUGGACCUGUGGGAGGCCCAGCACUUCCCUGAUGGGGACCUCAACGAACUGGCUGCCGUGCUUGAAGAGAUGGGUCGCCACGAUGGCAACUUCUGCUCCAUGACCGUGGAACACUGACCGGGCUAGGCGACCAACGACACGGACAAAUGGCAACGGUGACCACAUACGCGGGCCAGGCUAACGGAGGAAGACGCUAGCGCAAUGACCCAAAAACAAUCGAACAAACAAAACAAAACAAAAAACGCUUUGGGGAGUGUUUGUACGACUUUCUAACUGUCGAGAACUAACUAAGCUAGCGAUGUUACUUAAAAGUGGCAUCGGAUGUAGCGGGCUAACAAAACGAGCUAAGGAAGUAGAUUGAAGGAAAGCCUUAGCAACAGUUGCUUACUGUUAGUGGGCGUGAAUGAAAGAUAGCUUGAAAAAGUGCUUUGGGGAGUGUUUGUAUGACUUUUCCCUGUCACAAACAAACAUAACUAGUGAUGUUACUGAAAAGUGGUAUCAUAUGUAAUGGGCUAACAAAACAAGCUAUAAGGACAUAGACUGCGAGAAGGCAUUAGCGACAGUUGCUUAACACGAGUGAGCGGAAGCAGAAGAUAAGAAAAAAUGCUUUGGGGAGUGUUUGUAAGACUUUACUUGUUGGGAACAAACUAAAGUUACUGAAAAACUGGUACUGUAUGCAGCGGGCUAACAAAAUGAGCUAAGGAUAUAGAUUGAAUGAAAGUGUUAGUGAUGGUUGCUAACUGAUAGCGAGCGUAAGUGGAAGAGAGCAAAAAAAAAAAAAGAAAACGCUUUUGGGAGUGUUUGUUUUACUCUUUUCCUGUCGUGACCAAACUAUAGUAGCGAUAUCACUUAAAAGUGGCAUUGGAUGUAAUGGGUUAGCACAACGAGCCAAGAAUGUCGAUUGAGGAAAAGCGUUUGUGACGGUUGCUAACCGCUAGUGAGCGUAAACAGAGGAUAGCUAAAAUAAAAUGUUUUGGGGAGUGUUUUAUUUUUAUUUUGUAUUAUUAUUUCUUUUUACCCGUCUCGUGAUGUUACUUAAAAGUGGCAACAUCUGGAGCGGGUUCACAAAACGAGCUAAGGACAUAGGUUGAGUGAAAGCGUUAGCGACAGUUGCUAAAUGAAAGAUAGCUUUAAAAAUGCCCAGGGAGUGUUUGUUCGACUUUUUACCCUUAAAAAACAAAACAAACUAAAGUUUGAUGGAAAGAAUUAGCGACAGUUGCUACCACCGGGCAGUAAAAACAGAUGAUAGCUCAAAAAAUAUGAUGCAAAUAAAAAGGCAAGAGAUUAAAUGACCCCGCGAAUCAGAGGCGCAGUCCUAAAGCAACUGUCAAUCAAUGGUCCUGCCUAGCAACAAGCCCCUCACAUCAGCCCACCUCCACUUGGAUGAUGUCAUCAUUCGACCGUUUUUCGUGAGACGCAUGGCAGAUGGAAAAAAAGUGCAGAUGUAUUUAAUGAGCAGGGUUUAUUUUUAUGUGUACAUGCGAAAAGCAGAUCCUCCCUAAUUAUUAUUCAUAUUUUUAUUUAUGAUACUAAUUAUUAGAAUGAAUGAAUGCAAGCCAUGGUAAGAGCAUUAAUGCGUUACAACUGCAGUAAGCAGUAUUAGUUUUCAUAAUGACUAACAACCAGCAAGGGGUAAAAAAAAGAAAGAGAGAGUGAGAAAAAGGAUGCAGUGAAUGCACCACGAUUGAUAGACUCAUUUUAUUCCCCCCCCUAUAGUUUUCAAAUACGUCAUACAUAUUUAUGCAGUGGAGCGUCUCUGCUGUAAAAAUGUGAUGUCACCAUCAUGACUUUGUUGAUCUGUAGCGCCAUCAAGUGGUCUUUACAAUACUGUUUGUGUUUUUAUUUCGGUGAAUUGUGUAAAUACAUGAUUAUCAUAUAUAUAAAUUACUAUUUUAUUUUAGCUCCUCAUUGAUGAUCGUUGUUAUGUUUGGUGUAUCAUAAUAAUUGCCAUAAUUAUUUAGGUUUUUACAAACACUUCCAUGAUCGCUAUGAGAAUCGUGUUUGGAUGAUUUAUUUAUUUUUUUAAUCCAAAAACUAUAAAAAAACGAAUUUCUUCAGGAAAAAAAAGCUACAUUUUGAGAAGUAAUUCUCAAAGCACAAAUUUCAUUUUUCAUUUUUGGUGACCCACAAAAUAUAUUUGAAAAAUUGGGAUUAAUUUUUCUUAAAAUGCAUUAUUUAAUGUAUUAAAAAUAGCUAAAGUUUUAAAAUAAUUAAAAACAAUUUCUUUUAUUUGUAUAUUUUUAUUUCACAUCAACACACAAAAUACUGGAAGAGAAAAGAUUAAUACUUUUAAAAACAUUUAAAAUUUUAAAUUGUUUUGCGUAAUAUUGAACAGAUGUUUUUGUCGGAUUAUAAAAAGAUUUCCCCACUUUUUUUAUUUUUAGGUCAGUGCUAAAAAAAAAUGGGGGUGGGGGGGGGAUUCAUUGUUCUACAAACAUGCUUCAUUUUGAUCGAAGUUGUUCAUAAAUGUGAAAAAAAAAAUCUGAUUUAAAAAAGCAAGAUAUUGGGGCGAUCAUCUAAGCAGUCUUUUCUUUUCAGUUUUAGGUUGGCUCUCAAACUGUUUGGGGAAAACAAAGUAUGGAUUAUUCUUAAAUCUUUUUCUGGUUUGACAUUUUUUUUACCUUAAGUAAAAUAUUUAAAAUAAUGAUUCAAAUCAAGCUUUUUUAAAUUGCCAUAUUAAAAAAAUAUUUGAAUAAAAAACAAAUUGUAUGAAUGAAUUAAUCAAAGCAUGCUUUUUUUAGGUUGGCAUUUAAAAUGAGGUGGAGGGGAAGGCAUGUAUUAUUCUAGAACUAUGCUCAGUUCUGAAUGGUUGUCCAUAAUUUUAAAGUUUUUUUUAUCAUAAAGUAUUAGUAAUAGCAGUGUUAAUAAUCAAAUCAAACCUUUUUAUUUAUUUAUUUAGGUUGACCUUCCAAAUUUUUGUUUUCUUUUUUAAAUGAUUAACUAUUUUGAAAACAUGCUUGUUUUUUAUUUUAGACAUUAUUUCCAUGACCAAAUGAAUCAAAAUAUUUUAAAUCAUUUAAAGCAAACUUUUGUAUUUGUAUUUAUUAAAAUAUUAUAUGGACGCUGAAAAUGUUACAACAGAAAGUAUUAAUUAUUCUAAAAUCAUCAGAAAUUUGAAAUGUUUUUGCAUAAUUCUGAACAGUUAUUUUUCAAAUAAAAAAAAUAUUUUGACAAAUUCCUCAAAGCAAGAUUUUUUAAUCCAAUUUUAUUAUUGUGAAAAAAGCGAAAUAAUGUUAGUUUGUUUAAUUUGGGACUCCAAAUAGGAUAAAAAGGAUGUAGUAUUCUAAAAACAUUCUCAGUUUUAAGUGGGUGUCCUUAAUUUUGAACAUAUUUUUAAAGAAAAAAGGCAAAAUAUUUUAAUAAUAUAACAAUCCAUUAAUCAACUUUAUUUCUGCAGGUUUUUCAGCUCAAACUGGAAAAAUGACACCAAUUAUUUUAUAGUAUAUAUAUUGUAAAAGUUAAGCAAAACAAAAGCUUUUCAUCAAAGGAAGAUUUGUUUUUUUUUAUUACGUCAGUGCUAAAAAAAAAAGUGAUGAAUUAUUUCAAAAACAUCCUUAACUUUGAAUGGUUGUCCAUCAUUUUGAAUACAUUUGAAUUCCACACCUCCACGUGCUCUUAUAUUGAAAGUAUCCAAACGUCAGUAUGUUGCAGGCAAAAGGUUUAUUUUUUUUAUUAUUAUUAUUUUUUUAAGUGUCAGGUUUCUCUUUUGGGGGUGCUCAAAAAUUUGCUGCAAACUGGUGGUUGAUGUGAAUGUUUCCUGAUGUAAGUGCUCAUUUAAAAAAAAAAAAAAGGGGUACAGGGUGCGUUUCAAACGCAAACUCAAACCCAAAGGCGAUGACGACGACGACGACCUAACCACAUUAUUUUCAAAACAAUCUGCCAGUCGACAGUUUACCUGCCGGAUGAACUCUUUACAUGGACUGUUGAAACAAAUGAAGUGUUGUUAUUGUAUUGAAACGUAAGAAAAAGAAAAAGAAAAAAAAAAGCAAUUAGAAACUAGUACGUUUUGUUUGAUUUCUUUGUCGACUAUGCAAUUUGCCAUUUGUUCUCAUGAUUGACGUCUUAGCUGUGCUUGUAACAUUUUACUAUCAGGGGUGAUUUUUUUUUGUUCUUUUUUGUUGACACGUGUUGAAUUCUCGUGACUGUUUUGGUUGCAUCCGGCACGCUUUUCUUUUCGCUUUCCCCUCCUCUUUCUCAUCCUUCUCCCCCUCCCCCCUCUUUCUCUCGUUGUUCUCUGUACAAAGUGUAAGAAAGAAUUUUUAAGACAAUUAAUAAAUUAUAUUUAUAAGCAAUG